UGUCACUGCCAACAUGUUGCUACCACUAUACAGGAUGACAUUACAGAGAUUCCCAGCAUUAUUGCUCAGGCAUCUCCUUUGCAUGAAAUUACAGCACUAUCAGGCUAAGGAACAUGUCGGUAAACCUAUCUCCAAGAGCCACAGUGAAAAAUUAGAGGGCUGUGUUGCUCUGAGUCUUUUUAAGACUUUAUAGCUUUGUAAAACGAAGAGCACACGCACCAGAAUCAACCUGGAAAUUUGCUGGCAACAGACUCCAGUACACAGCUGCUUGCGUGACAAAAUAACAAAAGUUUAUCAAGAUGUUUAAGAUUCCCAAAGCCAAAGAAGGACAGCCAACAGCUUCAGGACAAGUGAAAAUCAAAAAGAAGUCUCGGGUUCCUGGGGUCAUGAUUACUCAGUAUGUGGAGAAUCUUCCUGAAGGCAUGUCCACUCCAGAUUUUACCCGCAAACCUAUUGCACUCACUAUUCAAGAAGGUAAAGUUGCAGUUUUCAAAGCAAUAGUUACUGGUAACCCAACACCUGCUGUGACCUGGGUAAGAAGCAAUGGGGAAAUCAAUGAGGAGAGGUACAAAACAGUAUUUGAUGCAAUCUCUGGUGAACACCAACUCCAGAUGCCUGAUGUAUCCGUUGAUCAAGCUGAUGUCUACAAGUGUUUUGCCAGAAAUGAGUAUGGGAAAGCAGUUGUUACAGUCACUCUGAACAUAAUUGAAGUGGGCUUUAAAAAAAGCAAAGCCAUGCAACAAUCAAGAACAGCUGCACGGGAGAUACCAGAAGAUUUCAAAAAGACUUUAAGAAGCACGGCUGACAUUGAACCAAGAGAAGAGAAAAAGCUAGAAAUUGAUGAAAAGUUCUGGGAAUUGUUGCUGAGUGCAGACAAAAAAGAUUAUGAGAGCAUCUGUGUGCAAUAUGGUGUCACUGACUUCCGAUGGAUGCUCAAGAAACUGAGCGAGAAGAAGCUGGAGAGAGAGCAGGAGCAGCAAAAGGUUGUUGAAAAACUUUGCAACCUAAAACCCAUUGAACUGAAACCCACCGGGAGUGCAGAGUUUGAAUUUGAGAUGUCGCUCAAAGACGCCAACAGCAAAAUAUUCCUAUUCAAGGAUGGAGUCAUGAUUCCCUAUGAUGCUGAUGCAGAGGUAAAGCAUGGACUGAAGCGAGUGGGAAACAGGUUUGUGUUCAGCAUAGAUGGUGUAAACCCAGAGGAUGCUGGCUUAUAUCAAGUGGAAGUUGAUGGAGUUAAAAUCUUUUCCACAGAUCUAAAAAUUCCUGUUGCAGAUUUCUUGGUGAAAAUUACGGAUGUGAAAGCAGAGGAAAGAGAAGAUGCUGUGUUUCAGUGUGUCGUCUCCCAUCCAAUGCAAAAGAUCACUUGGAUGGGGAAGAACCUUGCAGUAGAGCAAGGUGAAAAAUAUGAUAUCACUGUAUCAGAGGACAAGCUGAUUCACACUCUGGUGAUUAAAGACUGCCUGCCACUGGACAAAGGAAUCUAUACCGCUGUGGUUGGACUUAAAUCUUGCAGCGCCUGGCUUGUAGUUGAAGCUGACAAGAACCGAGGAGCAGCUGGGAAAAAAGCAGCUCGUAAAACAACUAAAGCUGGAGGAGGAGGAGAGGAUCUUCUCAAGAUUGCACAGGAGCAACAGGCUAAGUUACAAAAAGAUAGAGAAGAGCUUAUUGCAAAGGCAAAGGAGGAGGCAGCAUCUAUGCCUGCUGAAAAGCCAGAGAGUGAAAUGAAUACACCUAAGGUAGCGGUGGAGCAAGAGCCAAAAGUAGAAAGGAUAGCACAUCCUGAAAAAACACAUCCACCUGCUCAAGAAGGCGAUGUAGGUAAGAAGCCACAGAAAACUGAGGAUCCUGCACCAACAGAGAACAAAGCUGAGGAGGAAGAACCAGUCCAACAGAUAAAAAAGAGAGCAAGAACAGGCCCACUUGUUCCCGACACUGUGAUAGACCCAGGAGUUUACUUCACCAGUGGACUCUCUGAUGUGACUGCUAUUAUUGGAACUGAAGCAGAACUGGUCUGCAGGCUCAGCAGUGAAGACUGUGAUGCAGUUUGGUACAAAGAUGGGAAGGAGAUAGAAGAAACAGAGGAUAUUAGUAUAGUUAAAGAUGGAACUUAUCGGAAGCUAAUUAUCAAAAACUGCAAAGAAGAUUAUGCUGGAAAGUACAGAUGUGAAGCUGACAGGCGUAAAACUGAAGCUAUGCUAUUUGUUGAAGAUCCCCCGAGAUUUAACAGUGAUGAUCUUGCUGAGUUCUUGAAGCCAAUUACAAUCAAAACUGGUAAAGACGCAGCUUUCAAGCUAUCGUUUGUUGGAAAUGAACCAAUGAAAAUUCAGUGGUACCACAAUGGUGAAGAGUUGGUAGAGGACACCAAUAUCAAGAUUGAGAAGUCCUCUUCUCAUAGUCGCCUGCUUCUGACCAAAUGCCAACGCAAGGCCAGUGGAGAAAUUAAGAUUAAAGUGAAAAAUCAGUGGGGAACAAAUGAGGCCAUAACCCAACUGAUUGUGCUAGAUAAGCCAACACCCCCCAUGGGUCCUGUGGAAAUCAUUGAAAGCUCAUCGUCUUGCAUUGAGUUUAAGUGGAGGCCCCCCAGAGAUGACGGGGGUUUACCUAUUAGCAAUUACAUCCUGGAGCGGCAGCAAAUUGGUCGCAACAGCUGGAAAAAACUGGGAAAGAUCGGCUCAGAUGCAAAAUACAGAGACACUGAUGUGGAUCAUGGCAGGAAAUACUGCUACCAUAUCAGGGCUGAAACUGAUCAUGGCAUCAGUGAAAUGAUGGAGACAGAUGACAUCCAAGCAGGGACAAAGGCAUAUCCUGGACCUCCAUCUAUACCCAAAAUUGUGAGUGCUUUUAAAGACUGCAUUAACCUUGCGUGGAGUGCACCUGCUAACACUGGAGGUACAAAUAUUUUGGGCUACAUCAUGGAGAAACGCAAAAAUGGCAGUAAUUUAUGGAACAUGGUCAAUCCACCAGAACAGCUGAUAAAAGAGAAACAUUGUGCUGUGAAAGAUGUGAUUGAGGGAGUUGAAUAUGAGUUCAGAGUAUCAGCUGUCAACACGUCUGGUGCUGGAGAGCCAAGUGGACCUUCAGAAUUUGUAAUUGCAAGAGAUCCAAAGAAACCUCCUGGGAAGGUUAUUGACUUAAAAGUAACAGACUCCACAUAUACAACCUUAACACUGGGUUGGAUCACACCCACAGAAGAGGAAGGCGUCCAAGAUGAGGCCAAAGGAUACUUUGUGGAACUUAGACCAGCAGAAAACCCAGAGUGGAGUCGCUGUAACUCUAGCCCUGUCAGUCUGACCUAUUUCACGAUUGUGGGUCUAAAGUCUAUGGCCAUGUACUGGGUAAGAGUGAUUGCCACUAAUGAGGGUGGAGAUGGUGAACCCCAAGACUUAGACAACUACAUCAUUGCAAUGCCUCCUCCAGUGAGGCCUCAAAUCACUGACAGAAAAACAAAAAACUUCAUGGUGGUGAAAGCUGGUAACUCUGCUCGAAUCAACCUCAACUUUAAGGCCUCUCCAAUACCAACCAUCACAUGGCUCAAAGAUGGCUUGCCUGUUGCAAAACAUGUGACAGUGAGCAAUACAGAUACAUCCUCCCAGCUAAUGAUCCCCUCAUCAGAGCGCCAUGACACCGGGAUCUACACCAUUAUUAUCAAGAAUAUUGUUGGUCAAGAAACUUCCAGUAUUGAGAUAAGAGUCACAGAUGACCCCAAACCUCCUGGUCCAAUUGAGCUCGAGGAGAAUGUUUCAGGAACAGUGACCAUUUUAUGGACUCCCUCUCCGGAUGAGAAAAAAGAUGACAGACUGCACUACAUGGUCACCAAGCACGACUCUGUCAAGUGCACUUGGCAAACUGUGGCAGAUCAUCUCUUUAAUAAUAGGUUCACUGUCAUUAACAUCAUGCCGGGCAGACAGUACAAGUUCAGGGUUUAUGCUAUUAAUGACAUGGGACGCUCUGAUGCAUCUGAGUCAGCUGUCUGGGAAAUAAACAAGACUAAAGUAAAAUUCUCAUUGACACCUCCAGCUUCCAAGAACUGCAACUUUGAGGCACCUCCUUCAUUCUCUGUUCCAUUAAAAAUGCACAAAAGUCCUGAGCGUUAUGAGUGUCACAUGAGCUGUGCUGUGACAGGAAACCCCAGGCCCCAUGUUACCUGGUAUAAAGAUAACAUCAGCCUCAACACUAACAUCAACUAUUAUAUCACCAAUACCUGUGGAGUUUGCUCCAUGAUGAUACUGACAGUUGGACCGAGAGACAGUGGGGUGUACACUGUAGUCGCAGAAAAUUCUCUGGGAAGAGUGGAAUGUUCAACACAACUUGUCAUUCAAGAUUAGCAUAACUCCAUGAUCCAGAACUCUCAUUUCGAUUAAAUGGAGUGCCACAGAUAACCAGCUGUUGGACUUUUGUGUUUGCAGUGUAUUUUAACAAAGUGUGAUGACAACUACUAGAAAAAGUAAUAAAUUAUACAACACUGGGA